CCUAGUUCCUAGUCCAGAUCUGGUGAGCAACCAUGAAGACCUUCAUCUUUCUUGCUCUCCUGGGAGCUGCUGUUGCUGCCCCUACGGACGACGAUGACAAGAUCGUCGGGGGCUACACCUGUUCAGCGAGUUCCGUCCCCUACCAGGUGUCCUUGAACGCCGGCUACCACUUCUGCGGGGGCUCCCUCAUCAACAGCCAGUGGGUGGUGUCCGCGGCUCACUGCUACAAGUCCGGAAUCCAGGUGCGGCUGGGAGAAUACAACAUCAACGUCGCUGAGGGCAAUGAGCAGUACAUCAGCGCAGCCAAGAGCAUCCGCCACCCCAGCUACAACCAGAACACCCUGAAUAACGACAUCAUGCUGAUCAAACUGAAAUCAGCUGCCACUCUCAACAGUCGAGUAGCCACUAUCUCUCUGCCAACAUCUUGUGCAGCUGCUGGUACCCAGUGUCUCAUCUCCGGCUGGGGCAACACCAAAAGCAGUGGCUCCAGCUACCCUGACACCUUGCAGUGCCUGAAAGCUCCCAUCCUAUCUGCCAGCGCUUGCAGCAGUGCCUACCCAGGCCAGAUCACCAGCAACAUGAUCUGCGUGGGCUACCUGGAGGGCGGAAAGGACUCUUGCCAGGGUGACUCUGGGGGCCCUGUGGUCUGCAACGGACAGCUCCAGGGUGUCGUCUCCUGGGGCGAAGGUUGUGCUCAGAAAAACAAGCCUGGUGUCUACACCAAGGUCUGCAACUACGUGAGCUGGAUCCAGCAGACCAUCGCUGCCAACUGAACAGCUACAGCUCUUCAUGACCCUCCCUGUCAAUCAGCUUCACCUUCCUCCCAUCCUGCAAACACUACCUAAAUAAAAACCUU